AUACUUUUGAUAAAGAAACAUAAAGAAGUAUGCUUAACUUGGAAGGAAACAUUACUUGGAAGGAAAGAAAAUUGACUAGGGAUUGACGAUAUGCUCUCCUCUAUCUGUCUAUAUAUUUUCAAACGAAAGUUGGUAGUUUGUGUCACUACUAGUUAGUGUAGUUAAAAUAUCAGAGGGUUUUGAGGCAAAGAGUGUAAGUGAGGAGUUUUUGCAUAGUAAAGGGUAAUCUGGUGGUGAUUAGUAUUUGACAGUUGAACUGCACUUGGAAUUUGGCUAUAUGGGAAAGACAAUUCAGGUUUUUGGAUUCCCUUAUCUUCUGUCUGCAGAAGCAGUCAAGAAAUUCUUAGAGAAUCAUACAGGAAAUGGAACUGUCUAUGCUUUGGAGGUUAAACAGUCCAAAGGAGGACGUAGAGCAUUCGCAAAAGUUCAAUUUGCCAACAACAAAAGCGCGGAAUUUAUCAUCGAUUUGGCUAGUAAGGGGUUGUAUUAUGGACCUUCUUAUUUGAAGGCUUGGGAAAUGAAAACUGAUAUUGUCCAACCGCGGACAUAUGUGGAACACAUGGAUGGCGUAACUCUGAAUUUUGGAUGUCAGAUAUCAGACAAGAAGUUUGCAGUGUUGGGAAGUAAAGAUGUUUCAAUUAAAUUUGGCAUUGGAUUGAAGAAAAUUUACUUCUUUUUAUCUCAUGCUUCAGCUGAUUAUAAACUCCAGCUUUCAUAUGAAAAUAUAUGGCAAGUUGUCCUUCAUCGUCCAUAUGGUCAAAAUGCUCAGUUUCUCCUCCUACAGUUAUUUGGUGCUCCUCGGAUCUAUAAGAGACUUGAAGAUUCCUGUUAUAGCUUCUUUAAGGAAACUCCUGAUGAUCAGUGGGUAAGGACAACAGAUUUCACUCCAUCUUGGAUAGGGCUAUCUUCUAGCUUAUGUUUGGAGUUUCGUAAUGGUGUUCAACUUCCAAAUUUCAGCGAAAGUUUUUUUUACUAUAAAGAAAGUAUGAACCAAUUUAUUUUACAGACUGGUUUCACCUUUUCAUUCUCUCAAAAAUUGGCUCUGGUUCCCAUUGUCCACCUUCCUGAAGGAAUUGAGUUGCCCUACAAGAUAUUGUUCAAAAUUAGUUCCUUGAUACAACAUGGAUGCUUUCCUGGGCUAGCUUUAAAUUUUAACUUUUUCCAAUUAGUUGACCCUCGAAGGAGAAAUAUUGCAUGCAUUGAACACGCCUUGGAGAAACUGUACUAUUUAAAGGAGUGUUGUUAUGAUCCAGUGAGGUGGCUAACUGAGCAGUAUGAUGAGUACCUCAAGGGCAGACAACUUCCAAAAUCUCCGUCCAUCACUUUAGAUGAUGGAUUGGUGUAUGUAAGAAGGGUCGUAGUAACACCAUGCAAAGUUUAUUUUUGUGGUCCAGAGGUAAACGUAUCCAAUCGGGUUCUGCGCAAUUAUUCUGAAGACAUAAAUAACUUUCUUCGAGUUUCUUUUGUUGAUGAGGAGUGGGAGAAAAUACAUUCUACAGAUUUAUUACCAAGAGCUAGUACUGGAAAUGGUACCAGGACAGACAUCUAUGAGAGGAUCCUAUCAACUCUUCGGAAUGGCUUUAUAAUUG